UGGAUUUCAAUAUAUAUAUAUAUAUUCAAGAAGAUCCCGAAAUGAGUCAUUCUUUCAAGUCGGCCGUCUACGGAUUUGCAGUCAUAACACGGCGUCGUUCGCUAGAAAAAUGCAGAGACUUUCAUCUCUGCAUUUCCAUCUUGAGCCUCGAGAAGGCAGCAGAUUCGAAGCGGUCAAUAUGAUGCGGUCAAGAUAUAUUUUCAAGUCUGGAUCAGAGACACACAGCAGGAAAUCUCAGCUUCGGACACUAAGGCACGGGCUUGUCUUGCCGCUCAGGCGAGGCCCCCUCCCCCUAGGGCGAUUUGACUCCGAGUUGUUGAUUGUCACCAACUGAUCAGUUGACGGAAGUGAUAUGUUGUCACUGAACUAUUGGGAUGCUCUGUGGGAGGUUUCUCUGACAUAGGCAUUCUAUUAGAAAGAAGAUCUGACUCGCGGCCAUGGCCUUCCGUCGCUUUUGAUGUUGGUUCAGGAAAGUUUGUUACGAGAUCACGAUCGUCACCAACGCUCACAGACUUCCAAGCGCCAAAGCAGUCUUUGCAUAUUGAUAUGCUGGUCAAUAUCUGAAAUUAAACCAUCGUAUUUAGUUCGAUAGAAUGAAGAAUUUUCGAAUCACGGUCGCACGUUUUUUUCGACUCGGCACUUACCUCCUACAAUCUCUAUCUAAUAGAUCUUGUCUUGCUUGGAUCUUCCCCACAGAUAAAUCACCAUUUCUUUUGCGCGGCCGCUUGAGUCUUGAAUAUUUCUCGACGUCUGAUGCUCAGUCCUGCAUCUCAGUCGAGUUCAAGACGGAAGAAUAAGUAAAUCAUCAAGGGUGGGCUCUCUUACGGAAUAAAGCAGACACCAGUACCAAAUGAAUCUCAGCUGAGAAAACUUUGUUCUUCGUGAACAACGGAGAGAGGAGGCGUUAUGAUGAGGCGAUUUAGAUGCAAAUCAAUAUCUGUGUCCAUGAGCGUCGAUCUAUAAUGAAGUCCAGACUGAAGCUUGCACACAUAAAUAUCGGGAAAGAGGUGCUAUUCGGUUGAUAUAUUGUAAUGGAAGGGUUACCUGGUGGGAGACUAAGAACGAAGUUCCAUAGAUGAAUAUGAUCACAGCAAGCGCGAUAGACGCGAAUAUGGUCAUGUGAUCCUGUGGAGGACUGACGAUCAGAUGACUCGUGGAAUGACUGGCAUGCCUUGUCGCUGCUCGUCCACGACGGCCGACGCCCUCAAGUUUUGCGCACCAUAUGCGCUAGCUGAACAGAGACCGAACAGUAUCACAUGACACAGGGCUUUCCGUGACCUGCCUCGACGCACGUCCGAUUCGUGCAGUGGCCUUCGUGCUCAACGCAUAUGUCGCAUACGUCAUGCAUCGCGAGCUGACGCUCUGAGCAUCGGGACCAGUUCAGCAUGUCGAAGACUAGCCCAUAAAUUCGGCCGGAGCUCUGUGGUAGUUUGGGUCCCGGUCUAUCAUGUUCAUUCUCGCAUCUUCGACGGCAUUCCACUCGGUUCCAUGACAUUCCACCCUGUGCGCGCAGCCCCCCACCGACGUUCCACUCAUUUCGCGCACAUUCUAUGGAGUGGGUAUAUUAGCUGACGGUCUCGCAGCAGCUCUCUUCAUUCUUUCCUCUCUUCUUACAAGCCCAUUUCCCAUCUUCUCAUAUCUAACCAUCUCUCUGCGAUGUCUUCAUCGAAAGCUAUUGGAAUCGACCUGGGCACUACCUACUCAUGUGUCGGCGUCUGGCAAAACGAUCGUGUCGAAAUCAUCGCCAACGACCAGGGCAAUCGCACGACGCCCUCAUAUGUCUCAUUCUCUGACAGCGAGCGUCUCAUCGGUGACGCCGCAAAGAACCAGGUCGCAAUGAAUCCGCGCAACACUGUAUUUGACGCCAAGCGUCUGAUUGGCCGCAAGUUCGACGACGCGGAGGUGCAAUCUGACCUCAAGCACUUCCCCUUCACCGUGUUCAGCAAGGCCGGCAAGCCCUACAUCCGAGUCGAGUAUCGAGGGGAAGAGAAAGAAUUCUCCCCUGAAGAGAUUUCUUCUAUGGUGCUCCUCAAGAUGAAGGAGACGGCUGAAGCGUAUCUCGGCGGCACCAUCACGAACGCGGUCGUCACGGUCCCGGCCUACUUCAACGAUUCCCAGCGCCAGGCGACAAAGGACGCCGGCACGAUCUCGGGAAUGAACGUCCUUCGCAUCAUCAACGAACCUACCGCCGCGGCUAUCGCCUACGGCCUCGACAAGAAGGUCGCUGCGGAACGCAACGUCCUCAUCUUCGACCUCGGCGGAGGAACGUUCGACGUGUCGCUCCUCACCAUCGAGGACGGUGUCUUUGAGGUCAAGGCUACUGCCGGAGACACGCACUUGGGUGGCGAGGACUUUGACAACCGUCUGGUCGACCACUUUGUGCAGGAGUUCAAACGCAAGAACAAGAAAGAUCUUUCGACCAAUUUGCGUGCAAUCCGUCGCCUGCGCACGGCCUGCGAGCGGGCCAAGCGCACGCUGUCUUCCGCCGCACAGACUACGAUCGAGAUCGACUCGCUCUUUGAGGGCAUCGACUUCUACACGUCUCUCACGCGGGCCCGUUUCGAGGAGCUCUGCGGCGACCUCUUCCGGUCGACUCUGGAUCCUGUGGAGAAGGUCCUGCGCGACUCGAAGAUCGACAAGGCGAACGUGCACGAAAUCGUGCUUGUGGGCGGGUCGACGCGGAUUCCACGGGUGGUCAAGCUCGUGUCCGACUUCUUCAACGGCAAGGAGCCCAACAAGAGCAUCAACCCCGAUGAGGCGGUCGCGUACGGCGCAGCCGUCCAGGCCGCGAUUCUCUCCGGCGACACGUCCGAGAAGACGCAGGACGUGCUGCUGCUCGAUGUCACCCCGCUCUCGCUCGGCAUCGAGACGGCCGGCGGAGUGAUGACGCCGCUGAUCACAAGGAACAGCGUGGUCCCGGCGAAGAAGACGCAGGUGUUCUCGACGUACGCCGACAACCAGCCCGGAGUGUUGAUCCAGGUGUUCGAGGGCGAGCGUGCGCAGACGAAGGACAACAACCUGCUCGGCAAGUUCGAGCUUUCGGGCAUCCCUCCGGCUCCUCGUGGUGUUCCGCAGGUCGAGGUCACGUUCGACAUCGAUGCGAACGGGAUUGUCAAUGUCUCUGCGUCGGACAAGACGACGGGCAAGUCGAGCCGCAUCACGAUCACCAACGACAAGGGCCGUUUGUCGCAGGAGGAAAUCAAUCGCAUGGUAAACGAGGCUGAAAAGUACAAAGCUGAGGACGAAGCCGUUGCUUCCCGUGUCGCGGCCAAGAACGGGCUCGAAUCCUACGCUUACAACCUCCGAAACUCGAUCAACGACGAGAAUCUCGCAAACAAGUUCCAGCCGGGCGAAAAGGCGAAGCUCGAGGCUGCUGUCAACGAAGCUAUUUCGUGGCUUGAUGCAUCGCAGGAGGGCUCCAAGGAGGAGUAUGAGGAGAAGCAGAAGGAGCUGGAGGCCGUUGCCAAUCCUAUCAUGCAGAAGCUAUAUGGUGGUGCUGGGGCCCCUGGGGCUGCUCCAUCGGGUCAAGCUUCAGGCGAGGAACCGAGUGUCGAGGAGGUUGACUAAAGACGGCUAUGCGGACUUGCUCUGUCACGAAGAUGUGUUAUAUCCCGUCUCGCGUCCUUGCCGCUGUCUUAUACCACGUAUUAUUAUGCCUCCGCUGUAUUCUCUUUCGCGUAAUCAUUCCAAUUGUAUUCAGUAUUCAUUCUAA